CAAAUAAUAUCUCAAAACUCUAUAUAAAUAUGUGGGGAAGACGAGAAUUCAUCAGUUUUAUGACAAGUUCUUUGGCUUCUGCUUCCAGAGAAACAAACUUUAUCAGUAGUAGAGAAGAGAGAGAUGAAUGCUAAAGUACAAGACUCUGAUGAUACCAAAAAGGGUGAAGAAGUCGUGCUUCCUGGCUUUAGAUUUCACCCUACAGAUGAAGAACUUGUUGGGUUUUAUCUGCAGAGAAAGGUGGAAAAAAAGCCUCUCAAAAUUGAACUCAUCAAACAGGUCGAUAUCUACAAAUAUGAUCCAUGGGAUCUUCCAAAGGUGAAUUCAAUUGGGGAGAAAGAAUGGUACUUUUUCUGCAUAAGAGGGAGGAAGUACAGGAACAGUGUGAGGCCAAACAGGGUAACAAGGUCAGGGUUUUGGAAAGCCACAGGAAUAGAUAAGUCGAUAUACUGCGUGAAGGAACCCCAUGAAUGCAUUGGCCUCAAGAAGUCUUUGGUGUACUAUCGUGGAAGUGCUGGAAAAGGCACCAAAACUGAUUGGAUGAUGCAUGAGUUUCGUCUUCCACCCAACAUUGCUAAUGUUACCAAUAACCUUCAUGAAGCUGAGGUGUGGACACUGUGCAGGAUAUUCAAACGCAUCCCAUCUUUCAAAAAGUACACUCCAAAUUUGAAAGACACAAAAAGCAACACUGUGAAUUCGAAUACAAGCACCAUAGAUUCUGACAAUUGCAAGCCAUAUUUGAUCUGCAGAGACACUGAGAUGAUGCAACAACUGAAGCCAGUUUUCGGACAGGUCGAUGAAAAGAAACACUUGUAUCUUCAACCUCCAUCUUCAACCCCUUACCCAACAUUUUGGAACCACAAUGUUGAAGACUAUACAUUUGCCAAUGAGAAUUGGGAUGAUCUCAGAUCUGUGGUUCAGUUCGCCAUUCACCCUUCCUCAGUCUUUGAUUGUACAGAAACACAUUUUCCACCCUACUUUUCUUAGCUUCCACUCACUCAUCAUCACUUUCGUAUAUAUAUAUAUAUAUAUAUAUAUAAUAUAUAUAUAUUGUAUGGACAUAUAGUUGUCAUUAUUCUCACAGUUUUUUAAUUUCUUGAAUAUAUAUAAACAUAUAUGUAUGUUGUUGUUGAA